AUGGCGCCCAAAGUCACCCUCUGUUCGACGCCCACGUCCAUCAACCUGGCCGUCUCUGCCCUGUCCACCCACUCCGUCAUCCUCAUCGACUGCGAAGCACAAGACCUCGGCAGGCCCGGCGGCGUCCUCAGCCUCAUCUCUCUCUCCGACCCCCUCGCAAAGCACGUCUUCCUCAUCGACGCGCUUGCCUUCCCGUCCACCUACCCCAUUCCACCCCGAUCCCGAUCCAAGUCCAAAUCUAAAGCCCCUCCACCCACGCCGCCCCCGCGCCCACACCCCGCGCUCGCCCCGCUCCUCGCGCUGCUCUCCCUCCCACACAUCACCAAGGUCUUCUGGGACGGCCGCGCCGACGCGCUGGAGCUGCACCUCUGCUACGGCCUCGCCCUCACCAACAUCCUCGACCUCCAGCUCGUCGACGUCGCCGCGCGCGUGCGCAAUUCCACCCCAGGCCAGCCCGCCCCGGACCUCAUCCGCGGGUUCUUUAAGCCAAUUCGCGCGGAGGUCGAGCGCGAUCCGGGGGCGUACGCGGACAUCUACGCGCUGCGCGGCCUCGCGCACGCCGUCGGCUGGUUCCAGCUCCUGCCCAAGAACAAGGACGGCGAGCAGACGCUCAAAGACCCGGCGGUCGUCGCGAUGCACGAAAGCGGCGGAUCCGCGCUCUGGCUCACCCGCCCGCUCCCGCCCGCGCUGCUCACCUACGCCGCACACGACCUCACGCUCAUCGCGCUCCUCCACGCGCACUUCACGCGCCGCGCGUGGGUGCGCAAGACCAUGCCCGUGCUGCUCGCGCAGUCCGCCGCGUACGUCGGCUCGAUCGGCUCGCGCGAGGAGAACGCGCGCCUGGGGGAGAUGGACUUGAAGCGAUUCAUGCCUUUGGGGAUAUUAGAUGGGGGUAAGGAGGAGGAGGAGGGCCCGUGGUAUGCGUCGUUGAACAUUGACACGCAAGCGUGA